CAGAGAGAGCCGCGGUGGAAGGCGGCGAGCAGGACCACAAUCAUGUUUUAAUCCUGGGAAUCAAACCUGUGCUUUUUUCCCCCCCGUAUGCUUCUGAGACUCGAACGACCGCAACUUGUGGGCUCACUGCAGCAUUUUGGCGUCUUUUGUUGCUUCCGAAUCCGCGGCACUACCCCCCCUUUACUGCAAUAUUUGGGCAAAGAUAAGAGCGUCAAGGCUGCCAUGGCAGCAUAGGAGGGGGCACCCUCAGCCAAUUCCUCGUCUAUGAUGCCUUAUUGCUCAUCUUGUUCCGAUUAGACUGGAUUUGGGAGUCCGCAUCCUCGUAUGUCGCACCGCAGCACGCCACCGACCCGUUGGAAUUAAACGGGGAUCAAGCAGCGGAUCCCGAUGGCAUGGACACUUGUGCGAGGUCCGCCGCGCCGCCGAGCCACUGGAGCCCUCACGCCGUCUCCUCCUCCUCAGCCAGCCCAGCUCCGUCGCCAUCGCCCCGCAGCCCCGAGAGCCCCUCCGCCGCCGCCUCCGUCGCCGCCACCGCCGCACCGCCAGCAGCCACUCACUAGCCACAGCAGGCGGCAUGAGGCUUGAGUCGCUCGCAUCUCUAUCCAUGCUGCUCAUCGGGGUCUCAUUCGCCUGCUACCCCCCGACUUCGGAUUCCCUGCAGGACCGGGCGUACAGGUCGGCCGUGGUGAUCGAGGGCAAGGUGCAGUCAACGCCGGGGAACACCUCCGCCGAGCUUCCGUCGCAGCCCGGCGUGCACGUCCAAGUGCUGGACGUGUGGCCCCUCCACAGCGGGGGGCUGGAGCCCGAACAGCUCGUCACCGUGCUGGGGGAGUUCGGGUCGGAGGCUCCGUGCGCCGACGUGCAGAAGAACCGCAAGUACAUCUUUUUCAUGGAGCCCACCGAGGCUCCGCUGGUCUACAAGGCUUCAUUCGCACCCCUGGACGCAAGCGGGAAGAGUCUCAAGAAGGACGUGGGCAAGAUUCUGUGUGAGGACUGCGCUUCGGCUCCAAAGUUAAAACCAAUGAAGAAUCCAUCAAUAGUGGACGAGGGAAGCAAGUUCACAGUCAAGUGCGAGGCCACGGGGAACCCUCCGCCGAACUACCGGUGGUUCAAAGAUGGCAACGAGCUGAAGAAAAGCAAAAAAAUUCGAAUAAAGAGCAGCCAGAAAAACUCCAGACUCCAGAUCAGCAGAGCAAAACUGGAGGAUUCUGGGAAUUACACUUGUGUGGUGGAGAACCUGCUGGGAAAGGACAACUCCACUGGCACGAUAAACGUCCAAAGCAUAACCACCACGCUAUCUCCAGGCUCAGGCCACACCAGAAGAUGCAAUGACACAGAGAAGGCCUUCUGUGUGAAUGGCGGCGACUGUUACUUCAUACAUGGUAUAAACCGGCUUUCUUGCAAAUGUCCCGAUGGAUACUUUGGCCCGCGAUGCUCAAAGACCGAACCUCUGCGGUUGCACAUGCCCAAUCCUUUCAAAAAUCAUCUUGGGAUUGAAUUUAUGGAGGCAGAAGAACUCUACCAGAAGAGAGUCCUGACAAUCACGGGCAUUUGUGUGGCUCUGUUGGUGGUGGGCAUCGUUUGUGUGGUUGCCUACUGUAAAACCAAGAAACAAAGAAAGAAGAUGCACAAUCAUCUGAGACAGAACAUGUGUCCAGAACACCCCAAUCGGAACCUAGCAAACGGACCCAAUCACCCAGGCCCAGGACCAGAGGAAAUCCCCAUGGUAGAUUACAUAUCAAAGAACGUUCCGCCAACUGAACGAGUCAUUCGGCCUGCGACAGAAGGAUCCUUCCCUGCCAGCCACACCUCUUCCAGAUCUCACAACUCUUCCACACGAGCCCAUUCAUCAACUCACAGACCCGAAGAACGGACGUGGAGCCUGGAACAUUCGGACAGUGUCCUCUCUGACUCGCCGGGGAUGAUGUCAUCAUCAGUUGGGACCAGUAAAUGCAGCAGCCCCGCAUGCAUGGAGGCACGGGCCCGGCGGGCUGCACACUGUGCUUACAACGACCCCCAUCGGCCGGCCCUCCAGUACGGGGACUCUUUUGACUCCCUGGGAGACUCUCCGCAUAGCGACAGAUAUGUGUCAGCCCUCACGACACCAGCCCGCCUCUCGCCAGUGGAUUUCCAUUACUCAUUGCCCCCGCAGGUGCCUACCUUCCAGAUCACCUCGCCCAACGCCAGCCACGCCAUGUCCCUGCCCCCCGCUGUCCACAACCCGUACCCCCUGGAAGACAACCAGCCUUUGCUGCGCCGCUACCAAGUGCCCCUACACGACGCCCAGUGCCAGGAGGCCUACCGGCAGCAGCGGCGCACCUAUCCCAACGACAGCAGGGGCAGCCUGCCCUCCAGCCCUUACCGGCUGGCGGACGACGAAGACUAUGAGACCACCCAGGAGUAUCUCUCCUCGAGGGAGCAACCAAAGAGAAGCGGGUCCGGUGCACCUGAUAGCCGGCGCUGGAGGAGAUCCAGACUGAACGGCCACGUGGCCCCGCGUGGAUACGAGGCCUCCCGGGACUACGGCUCCCGGAGCUGCCUAACAGGAAGCGAGUCAGAGGAGGACGGCGAAAGUACGCCCUUCCUCAGUAUGCAGAACAUGAACGCUGAGCCCUCCACCAUCUACAGGCCGGUGGACAGUCGGACUCCUCAGUCGUCGGGGCGGCACAGUGCGCAUGGGAACAUGCAGACAAGACUUUCACACUCCCGCUCCAAACCGGACACUACACCCCAUUAGCGAGUGACCAUGAACCAAGAUUUAAAAAAAAAAAAAAAAAAAAAAAAAAAGUCAGUAUAGUAUAGACCUGCAUCUAUAAGAAAUAUUUUUAUUUUAUAUAACUGACAGAUAUUCUAAACAAAUGAAAUAUUUAUUUUCAUUUUAGCAAAAGUUGUCUACUAGUUAACAGCAAAGACUUUUUUAUAGGGAAAACUCUAUUUAUAUGUACGUUUUGAUUUACAGCAUAAAGAGAUGUGCCAGUUUUUUCACAAUGUCAAAAAGAGAAAAAAAAAAAUCGAGUAAUAUUGUGGUGCCUUUUGCUGUUUGCCGAUGCCAGAGGGCCAGUGGAGGUUUUUGUAGUCUUUCUUAUACGGACGCCUCAUUUUUUUUAUACACAUUGAUGUUUUGUUUUUGGUUUUUUUUUCUCUCUCUCUCUGGUUGAAAAUUUCUUUUCUUUCCAAGUUGCAUCCUUUGAGGAGUCGCAUCCCACUGGAACAUCCUUCCAUAUCACGCAAUAUAAACCACUUUCAUCACAAAGUGUAUGUUUACAUAAAUGUAACUCACCUGUAGGGUUUAUAAUUUGGGAUCAAAUAGAAUGCCUGGUUAAUGAA